AUGGAUGUCGCCGAGCGUCUCGCGGUCCAGCGUGAUCGCAACCGGCGUAAACAGCAGCGUCACCGCGACCGCAACACUACCGAACGCAAGGCUCUUAAGCGCCAUAUCUACAUGCUACAGCAGUACAUUCGUAACUACAAGCCGCACGCUGGCACGGCACUGCCGUGGAAAGAAGUCGCGUCGGUCUUCGCCGUGGCCAGCGCCGACGCGCUGUCGACCAACAGCAACCUGCGACAGCAGUGCAAGCAGCUCCAGCAACUCGGUAACAUUCUCGCGACGUGGGCCAAGGCUGUCGAACGCAGCCAGUACCCGCCGGAGCCAACUGAGCCGUUUUUGUGGCGCCACGUCAUGCUGGCGAGCGACCCAACGGCCCGCAAACUGGGCCUCGACUGGUACUCGCAGCACUUGUACCACAACACGGAGCGCAUUCUCCAGUACGCUCAGUUUCCGACGCGCUCGAACUUCGCCGACAACCUCGAGGUCAGCUGCGGAGACGACUUGGCCGACUUCUUGCUCCGCAUGCAAUACGACGUUGCGCUACCGUUCGAAGAUGCGCGUGUGCGUUUGCACGCGUCGUUGGUCGACUUUAUCCGGGCGCACGACGUCGGACUGACCAGUCAAGUCGACUUGAAACUGAGCCUUUACCGCGUCGCUGCGGGCCCUCGAGUUGAUUAUUGUGUCAGUCGCCACUACACCACGGCGGACCGCAACGUCUACACCUUUGGCAACCUGCGCCGCGACGAGACCAACGGUGCGGAUACCAGUCAUGUGUGGCGUCCAAGAAUGUUUUGGUACAAGUGCGUUGCACGGUAG